CUAUUUAUUUCCAUCUUUCCCAGCCUCUAGGGGCGACGAUGAGGUUGCCCGACGAAGUUGCCCGAUGAGGUUUGCCGACGUUUCUGGGAGGUCCAAACGACUGGAGAAGAAGAUGAUUUCAUGGGGCUGUUUGCGGCCUUCGCCGACGAUGCCCAACAUCUUCUCCUCAUCAUUGCAUUGUAUGUAGCCAAAGGGCGGGAUUGUCCACCUUCCUCAUUCAGCUUGUGAGUUAUUUCUGGACUACUUCAAUUCUUCCAGAAUUGUUCUGGCAAGACUCAGAACUUGUACUCUAAAGACAGGAAAAUCUUCGAAGUAUUGAACAGUUAUACGAAAGACCAGUUGAGCAUCACUGACAAUAUCAUGCCUUCAACACUCGAUUUACAGGCCACCAGGGCACAAUUCCCUGCCUUGGCUCAAAAGCAGGUCUUUAUGGACAAUGCCGGAGGGUCACAGGUCCUCAAGACGGUCAUAGAUUCCAUCUCGACAUACCUUUCUUCGACCAAUGUCCAGCUGGGAGCAUCUUAUCCUGUAUCUCAAACCUCGACAAGCAAAUUCAACCAAGGUUACCUGGCAGGUGCAAAGUAUAUCAACGCGUCUCCCAACGAGGUCGUCUUUGGCCCGUCAACGACACAGUUGUUUCGAAACCUGUCCAUAGCUCUCAAGAUCGAGCCUGGCUCGGAGAUCGUCCUGUCGAAUCUCGACCACGAGGCAAACCUGGCACCCUGGGUCCAACUGGCGGAAUGGAAGGGACUGACGGUCAAGUGGUGGAUCCCAACCAAAAACACCAAUUCAAACCCGAGGUUGGAGCCGGAUGAUCUCAAGGCGCUUCUGACUCCCAAGACACGCUUGGUCUGCUGCACGCACACCUCGAACAUCUUGGGCACGGUUACAGACGUUGCGAGUCUCUCCAGGGUCAUCCGGGAGACCAACCCAAACACGUUGUUUUGCGUCGACGCGGUGGCCUAUGCUCCACAUGCGCCGGUCGAUGUUAAGGCCUUCGGUGUUGAUUUCUACUCAUUCUCAUGGUACAAGGUGUAUGGGCCGCACGUCUCGAUGUUGUACGUUAGCGACAAGGCCAAGAACGAAUUGCAGAGCCUGGGACACUAUUUCAAAUCGAGGGACACGCUGGAAGAAAUGCUCGGUCUCGCGGCCGGAAGUUAUGAGUGCACACAGGCCAUACCACAGGUCGCCGAGUAUAUCGACAAAGUCGGCUGGGACGCAGUUUCCCGGCAGGAGCAGGAAAUCCAAGAAAUACUGUUGUCAUAUCUGAGGUCCAAGCCGGAUACGAUCAAAAUAUACGGAGAACCUUCGUCGGACAGGAAACUUCGAGUCCCGGUGAUCAGUUUCAGAGUCAAGGGCCAAAGUUCGAUCGGCAUCAUUGAUGCGAUAGAGGCGCGGUCGGACUUUGGGUGUCGAAAUGGCCACUUCUACAGCAAGAGGUUGUGUGAGAAGGUAUUGGGCAUACCAGAUGCGGACGAUGGAGUGAUUAGGUGUUCUCUGCUCCAUUACAACACAGCCGAGGAGGUGAAGGGGUUGGUCAAGGUGUUGGACGAAGUAAUCACUGAAGGUGCCGGGAAAAGCGUCCAGGAUCCACAAAGGAAAAACAUUGCAGAUUGGUAAACGAUUGCGACUUUUCACACAAGCAUGACGAUAUCUGUUGAUCUAGAUAGUGAAUGACACACAAUCAGAAGCCAGAGUCUCAAGAUGA